AUGCCAGCGGACGACCCUCAUAGCACGGAAGCCAAUCCGCACAUCCCUCCCGCAGGCGGACGUUGCAUUUUCAACGCAUUGCCCGACGAGCUCAUCGCACACGUAUUCUUGCUCGGGAUGCCAGCAAAUACCGUCUACUACGUAGAGGAUGAAAACUUUCAGCUCGUUCGUGAUCUAGUGCGUCACAGUGACGUUGAAGGGGACGUCCAAACUGAAGACGUCCAAACUGAGGACCUCGAAUUCGACUUCGAGCUUUGCGUGUCGCAUACCUGUCGACGCUGGCGCGGUAUUGCUCUUGAUACCCCGCGGUUAUGGACCACCAUCGAAUUCACUGACUCAACGGCGCCGUCGUUUACCAAGGAAGCUGUGUAUCUGACGCGCUCGCGCAACGCGCCCAUAGACGUCUUGGCGGUCUUGCUGGACACAGAUAGCGUGUGCGAUGACGAGCAAUUCCCGGAUGGGCAGACCUUGGUCAACAGCGCUCGUGAAAUAAUCACUAUCCUGGCGCUUCUGGAAGCACACUCCUUUCAUCUGCGCUCCCUCCGAAUCAAUAUUCCUAGCUAUCCCAGCAUGUAUGCUGUACGCUGUGGCCUGCAUGGCUUCGGGCCCGCGCCGAUCCUCAAAGUCAUGGAGUUAGAAAAUCUGCACCUGGACGGGAGGUUCGACCGGCAUUUCCACGCGGCGAUGUUGCAAGAUAUAUUACACCAAGACCUGGUCCCCUUCCAAGGUGUCACACCAAAGCUGGAAUGCAUUGUUCUGUGCGCAAUGAAGCUGAGCUGGUCGAACACCGCAAUAAUGCGGUCUUUGAGGCGGCUGUACCUUGAUUUGGACGAACGCUUGGCCCCCAGCCUUACCCAGUUCUCUCAGCUACUCCAUGACACGCCAAAUCUGGCUACCCUCGCGCUCCGGAAUGCGGGACCUAAACGCGGUGAUAUGCUUCGACCCGUUACCACCCAGGAUGACGCCGACCCAGGCUCCUCGCUUUCCUCUACCUCCGUCGUACUGAAACUGUGCGCCGUGGAAUGUGCCGACUUCAGUCUCUGGAAAUUAGCCCUUGGGACUGCGGAUCAGUUGUUCUGGUUGGACGUUGACGUGCGCCGUUGUGGGGGUGCUCAGGGGUGGUGCGGUAUGCUGUGCGCCAACACCACGGACGCGCAGAAUGGCCGUCUUCCAGAAUUCCUGCCCGCCCUUGAGCAUCUCUCCGCUGCGGGGCUCAGCGGGAAGCAGCUUCACCGCAUUGUGAAAAUGCGGAUGGACGUCGGCCGACCUAUAGCGCAGCUGUUCAUGGGCCCGCACGACAAGGUGAACGCGCGAAACCGACGAUGGCUACAGGAGCAUGUGCCUGAUUUCAUGUCUCCCGAGGAGCGACGGAAAGACGAUGAUGCGAGAGUGGGUGGGUCUAAUGAUUCAGAUUACGGGAACGUCGGCAAUGGGGAAGGUGGGUUCGGUCUGGGGCAUGAAGAACUGAAUGUCAUUAUCCUCAUGGGGCACAUCUUUUCACGUCGAAAGGCUGCCGCUCGAUGAUCCGUCGAUCUCUCGACGUAAGGUAAGAUGAGAACUUGCGCGCAUUGUUAUUGUAUGUUGUAUCAUGUACAUCCGGGUUACCUGAGACAGCCGUAGACUUUUACUGCUCACGAUCGACAACGCCGGUUGUUCAGCCGUCCAGAUUAUGCUGGAUAUCUUGGCCAUAGGCCUCUACCGUACUACCUGCUUCGGAGUUGGAGAUACCAUGGCCCCUUAUCGAUUUUUGGCAGCCGUAAUCAUAAAUCAUACAUUCAGUA